CAGAAUGCUUGGACGCCGUGAGAGGAGGCAGUUGGCGUCAACAGUUAACAGGAUAGAAUAUGGCGGCGGCAACUGCACCAGCUACUGGAGCCCCCAAGUUCCUCCUCCGGUGCAGGCAGUCCUCCUCUUCCGGGCCUGCAAACAACUGCAUGGCCUCUUCAAAAGCUGCCAUCCACAUCCCAGAUUGCUUCUCUUCCACAAGGGCCAAAGGGUCUUCUCCCAUCCGAGCUCUUGACCCUCGCAGACGACAAGAAGAAGAAGCAGAAGAGAAUUCAAGCAUAGUUAACAACACCACCGGUUUCCACUCUCAGGAUUUGGAAUAUCUGGGGAAGGUGCUAGCUGGUUCCAUUGUGGGUGGAGCUGUAAUAAAGUAUGGCAGCAUAGUUUUUCCUGAGAUGACCAGACCCAACAUCAUACUGGCUCUUGUUAUGAUAUUCACUCCUGUCAUUCUAGCUACUUUACUUCUGAUCAAGCAAAGUCGUGCAAAUGGAUGAAGCUAUGUACGUGGUCCUUAAGAUUUCUUCUUCUUCUCUUUGUAAAUAAGAAAGAAAUGAUCCUUUUGAAAAAUUUACAAGAUUGAAGAGAAUGUAUAAGCAAACAGAGUUCUCUGAAAUAGUUGCCAAUGGUUGUAGAAUAACUGAGAUGUGCUAUGAGAUGAAGUAGGUGACUAGAGAAUGUAUUGUUUCUCAUUCGUCUGGCCUUCAUUAUUA